AUGACCCGCCUUACCAUCAUCGUCGCUGCAACUCUCACAAAUGGGAUCGGGCACAAUUCACGACUGCCAUGGCGGCUUUCCAAGGAAAUGGCUUACUUUGCGCGCAUCACCUCCAAUGCUCCGGAGGGCGCCAUGAACACAGUCCUCAUGGGCAGGAACACAUGGGAGAGCAUCCCUCCAAAAUUCAGACCCCUUCCGAAGCGGAUCAACGUGGUGCUGAGUAGCAACAAACACUACGAGCUGAUGCCGUCGGACGCCGCAACACCGCCAGUGCCCGUCUACCUUCACUCAAAUCUGCAAUCUGCACUCGCCAGACUGUCGCAUCCCGAAUGGCUGGAGACACCGGUCCAUCGUUCGUUUGUUAUUGGCGGUGCUGCACUGUACCGCGAGACCCUGUCACUCUCACCCUCGUCAGAAUCAUUCGUCGACCGCAUUCUCCUCACACGCAUAGUCUCGCCGGCAUUCGAGCAGUGCGACGUACAUAUGCCAGACUUUCAGUCGGUUGGUGUCUCUUCGGAUGACUCAUUGCCAUGGAGGAGGGCUUCACAUGAGGAAUUGCAGAGCUGGGCGGGAUUCGAUGUACCAGCAGGAUCACAAGUAGAAGCCGGCGUAGAAUACGAAUUUCAGAUGUGGGUUAGGUGA